CUCUCUCUCUUUCUCUUGCUCCUUCUCUCUCUAUUGUCACCCUCCAAAUUAAGAGCCGCACAUAACAACACAGGCACUUCGCCGGCGCUUUCUCCUAUGGAGGGGCCACGGCUUCCUCGGCCGCCCUCCACUAUCCACGAAGACGACAAGCCCGACGAUCCAUCGUCCGCCUUCCACCGGCCCACCUCCAGCCUGCCCGACCUCCUCUCCGGCUCCGGCAGCCCCUCCUCCUCCCAUUGGCGCCAAAAUUCCCUCAACUUUUUGCCGAGCCCUACUCCUCCUCAUGAUCCCCCUCCCGAACCGAUCCCCGAGGUCGAGACCUAUGUGGUCCAAGCCCCCAAGGAUCAGGUUUAUUGGGUCCCACCCCCGGAACAUGCCAAUAUCGCACAACAAAGACGGAAGCCAGAGCGAAAGAAGAAAGGUGGACGUUGUAAACGGCUUGCGUGGUUUUCCAUCAUCUUGGUCGUUCUCGGGAUCAUCAUGGGUUUCGUCGGUUUGAUCGUCAAUUUCGUCUUCCGUCCCGUUCAACCGAUAUUCAAUGUCUACAAGUUCGCCGUCAAAUCUAAUCAAUCUCACGUUGUAUCGUAUGGAAUCACGAUAAGAGCCGAAAACCCCACGUCCAAUAUGGGCGUCGAAUACACGGAGGGUGAUAUCGUUUCGAUUUCGUACGAGGGCAAGAAUAUCGGAAGUGGGAAAUUUCCCAAGCUGACGCAAUCCGCUUAUGGAUCCGACCCGGUUCAUCUGAAGCUCGACGCGUCCAAGAACGCCGCAUUGCCCAAGUCGAAACAGUCGGUGAAGCUGAUUUUGUCGGCAGAUCUCAAGGCGGAGUACGGUGUGGGGCCGUUGAGAUGGAAGGAGGAAGUGACUGUGACGUGUAAUGUGAACGUGAAAGAUUUAAACGAUCACAUUGAGUCGCAGAGGUGUGAGACCGAAUUCAUCUUGAAGAAGUGACGAUGUGCACGUAAAUGCGCAUGCAUGGGAUCGAUCGUACGUGUUUUAGAGGUAUGUUAUUACAUAAUAUGUACGAUGUAACGCUGUUUUGUUCCUUCGUCUUUGUUUUACAGUUUCAUGUAUGUAUUACACGUUGUUAAUACAUCCGGCGGCAAGAGAAAACGCAACCCACUAAACAAAAAAGAAGCAAGAGAGAGUAUAGCUAAUUGUUGUGUAAUGACUGGAGACUAGCUUCUCAUGUAUUGUUUUUUCAUAAUUAUAGAAAGGAAAAAUCACAUAUUAAAGAUAUCAA